AUGGAAGGUCAGCCUUGGCGGGGGCUGAUCUUCCACCUCGAAUCGCCCUCCGGAACGGAAGCAGUUGGAAAGCUCCUCCUUCAGCUUUUUCCAGUCAUCUUGUGAGUUAAUCAAUUUGAUCACAUAUGUAAGUUCAAGGUUAUUCAAACUCCUAGUGAACUUUUUUUGUUGAGCAAUGCAGGGAAGCUAUUUUUCUUUUUAUUUUAAAUAUAAAUCGUUAAUCUCGGUGUCUUUAGAGACUGCUGGAAGAGGAGGGUCGAUACAGUUGCCGGGGAAGUAAGAAGGACGUAUUGGGUUUCUGGCGGCUUUGUAUUCGUCCAGUUGCCAUCUAAAGUGCAAAGGAACGAUGGCUGA